GUGACACUGUAGGCCAUGUAAACAUGUAAAGCAUAUUGACAGCUUUAGAAUACAAAAAGCGAAGUUUGUGGUUGUAUGUUAGCUUAUUCAAAUUAACCUAAAUGUGCCAUUUAAUACAACAGCGUUGCUAAAUACUGAUUGGUUAUCCAAGGCGAACGGUUCCUGUCAUACAUAAAGUUCCUGGUUGAGGAAAGGAAUUCUUUACUUGUCAUAUCAGUUUAGGCGUACAGCUCAAUACCGGUCCUGUCGCGUGUAAUCGGUCUGAACAAGAUGGACUCUCUCUUGAGGUUGUGCAUGGUGUCAUUCUUCGUCUCCUUUGUGGACGUGGUGCUCACCUUUCGAAAGAAUCAAGAUGUCGAGUUCACGUUUGUUCUACCUGCCGGAGCAACUGAGUGUUUUUAUCAGACAAUUACUGAUCAAAAUAGCAUGGAGGUUGAAUACCAGAUCUUAGCUGGCUCAUCGCUGGAGGUGGGCUUCACCCUCAUCUCGCCCAGUGGGUACAGGCUGGUCUCUGACUUCAGGAAGUCUGAUGGCAUCCACACGGUGGAACCAGUGGAGAUGGGAGACUACAGCGUCUGUUUCGACAACAGCUUCAGCAAGUUCUCAGAGAAGAUGGUGUUUGUGGGACUGAUCUUGAAUGGGCCCGCAGGCAGAGAGCCCCUUGGAGACGGUGACUGGGAGAAGACGCCUGAGUCGGACAUCAUGCUGGAGUACAAGCUGAUGGACAUCAUGGAAAAGAUGGAAACGGUGCACCAGCAUCUGGAGGGCAGUCGCCAGGCACAGGCGGCACUGCGGAUGUUCGAGGCUCGUGACCGCUAUCUGCUGGAGGACAAUCUGUGGCGCGUGUCCUUCUGGUCCUGCGCCAACCUUCUGGUCAUGCUCGCCGUGGCCCUCGUGCAGGUGUACACGCUGCGCCGCCUCUUCGACAACAAGAGGCUUCGUGCCUGACCGCUGAAUCUGAAGCUUUAUCGUCACUCCCAUUUCAGACAUCACGCUGAGGAGAAACAAGGCAGCUAUGGAAUGACAGGGAAGCUUCUGUGAACUUGUUGUGUCUUGAGAUCAUAAACGUUCUUCUAAGGCUGACCUAAAGAUCGAAUGUAUUGGGAGGUGGAGAGUAUUCAGAAGAUAAAUGGUGAGAGCAGAGUGAGUGAAAGUAGAGAAGGAGAAGUCCAUCAAAAACCAAUGCCAACAAGGCUAUACUAAUUGCCUUUUUGGUCAGUCUUUCAGCCAAACACUUUUAAUUCCAUGAGGCAUUUGGCUUGGAUUACACAUUUACAAUGUCAUUAAUCCUGUAAUCGUUCCCAACCACAUUCAGUCCAUAGUUCACUCUGGUUGUCUCCUGACAGAUAUGCUAAUAUACAUCUGGCUGUGUGAGACUAGUGUUAACUCUUACAUUUACAUUUAGUCAUUUAGCAGACGUACAAGGGAGAGAAUAGUCAAGCUACGAGCAAUAGAACCUGGUG